AUUCUCUGUUUUUACUUUAUCGAUUAAAACAAAAGAAAAAAAAUCUGAUUUUGUUUUGUCUCUCUCUCUUGCGCCCCUCUCACCAUUUUUCUGCUCUCACUCCACUCCACUCCACUCCACUCUUCUUCUUCUUCUUCUUUUCUGCUACUGGAAGGAGCUUCUGGGUUGAGGUGCCCAACCACCACGCCAUUAUUACUAACACAGUGGCGUUAUUACUUGGUCCUUGUCUCUAGUUUCUUUUGUACUACCACCACCGCCACUACCAUCAGCAGCAACAUAAAAAAAAAAAGACACCCAAAUCCUUUUUAACAAACUGGGUGUUGUCAAACUUGGAGUUGUAGAUUCUACAAGUUAGGGUUUAAUACUGAGACUUGCUUGCUGGAACUUUAAGAUUGGGAUAGGAAACACCAUUAUUUAAGUUCAAGAUUGGAAGUUUGGGAAUCUUGUAAUACUUGAGCAACAUUGAUUUACUGGGAACAGAUUAUGGGAAUUAGAUACCUGUCCUGCACCUCUACCACCACCAUUCAUUUGUUGAUUUAAUCCUGAGGUACACAAAAGAGGAUCUUAAUAAGUGGCCUUGCAGUUUUGAGUUGCGGGUUCGUGUUCCAUCGAGUGUGACUUUAAUCCCUAGAGUUAGAAACAUUGACAACAAACCCUUCUCAUUUGCAUUCGCUCUGCACAGUUACUUGUCUGUUUCAGAAGUGGAGUUUGUUUAAGUGCAGCACUUCAGGUUGGCUGAUGAAGUUAUUCCGAACUUAGUUGGAGUUUGAUUUCAGCAUUCAAAGAACCUGCACCUUUUUCUCUUGAUAGCUAAAUGUUCUACUUGCCUAAUCCUGGAGAGAAGUGAUGCUUGAAGGCUAAAAUGAUUGGCUCUAAAGUGUUGCUGACUUACAAGCGAAAGCGGAAGCUUUCUCAUGGUACUGGGUACCUGAAGUCAUGCUCCAAACACCGGACCAAUAAGCUAUCAACAGUUCCUGGAAAUCUGGUCGAAUCAGGUGAAACUUGGUCCUGUGUUAAAUAUGCUAACGUUGAUGCUUUGGAAAAACUUCUGCUUUGUGAUAGCUGUUGUCAAACUUAUCAUCUUCAAUGCCUCGUUCCGCCCCUUAAGCUUGUACCCGACGGGCAAUGGUUUUGCUCUACUUGCGUAAAACUAAAAGAAUCUGGGGUGCAUCAAGUACAAGCAUCAAGGAGAGUGAAACCAAGAUUAACUAAUGAAGAAUCUGAUUCGGGACUAUCUACAAGUUCUUAUCUUAAAGUUCUCCAGACUGUAAGACCUGAUGAAACUGCUUGUGAUGAGACAGAUGGCUCAGUUCGAGCAGGCGAAUUACCUGAAAAGAAUUCGGAUAAUUGUUAUACGGGUUUACCAUUACACACAGAUCAUGUACCCGAAUGCAAGAGUCCAUUGACCGGUGAGAGUUCCAUUUUGCAGUCAGUAAAUGUUGAAGCUCCAAAAAAAUCGAGCACUGAGUUCUUAGGAAUGUCUAGUGAAAGAGAUUGCACGGUUGAAUAUACGAGUGCCUCCACAUUGAAACCUUCUGGUUCAGAUACUGCUGAUUCACCUUUGAAAGAUAGCUCUGAUAUAUGCAACUCUGGUUCCACUUUGAAGAAGAAAUUCAGUAUUACAUUCAAUAGAAGAUAUAGAAAUAAAAAGAAUGAGACCAACGUAGAGAACCAGUUGGUCAAGGAGAAAGAAUGUUCAGUCAUUAAAUGCUGCAGGAACAUUGCAUGUGGUCCGGACGGUUCAUUUGAAGACAAUUCUCAACAGUGUAUCUCAGCAACUCAUCUAUCAACUUCACUACAGUUGAAGGAUGAUAAGUUUGUUGAACAGAACAGAGAUGCAGGUUCGUCAUCAUCCAUUGCUGCUAGGGGUGUUCAUAAAGCUAAGAUGCAUGUGGAGCAAGACCAAUCAACUCAACGGUGCCAAUCAGAGGAUCCGCCAGCUAUUGCUGCACUAGUUCCAUGCCUGAACUCACAUCCACAUCUUUGUUCAGUGCAUCCCGAAUUUGACUCAGGUGCCCAAUUUCCACGAAAAGAGUGCAUAGCAAACACUUCCACAGACGAAAAAGUUCAAGAGUUGCCCAAAGUGGUAGAUUUGAAUGAAAAGCAGUCUCAAACAAUUCUGAAUGAUUGUGUGAAGGAAGCUGUUAUGCCCAAUCAUGUGUCAGAAAAUGGUGUUUUCCUGGCACCUCUGGACCUAACUGCAUCUCCUAUUGAUUUACGCUGUAGUGAAACUUUUCUCGACUCCUAUAUUUCACUAGACCCAAAUCAUGUAACUGACUGGUAUGGCGGAGCGUCCAAAAAUGUCAGAGGAUUGUUGGAAAGUACCAAUGGUUCAGUUGAAGAGAAAUUGGCUUCCCAAAACCUCUUCGUGACUAGGAAUACAUGCGAUGAAAUGGUGGAAGGUGUUAACAACCGUCAUGGAAAGGAUUCCCCAAUGCUCUCGUUCGGCAUUUCAUUGGUGGAUCCAUGUACGAAGAGCUGCAUUGAUGAUGAAAGUCAGGUGGAUCCUCCUCGUGAACUGCUAGAUACCACUGCUUCCUUGGACUCUGAAGAAAUUAAUUCUAAUGUGGAGUCAGGAUGCGGGUUGAGCCAGAAAGACGCUAGGGCAACCAAACCGCCUCUUUUUCCAUCUUCUGUAAGUUUAUCCCCACCAGUGCCUCCGAUCAACUUCUUCAAUGACACACCCAGCAUUCCAUCUUUGCCGAACUCUGACAUUCCAAGUGGAGGCUGUACUCUAGAAAUGUCACUCAAUUCAGAAACGGCCUGUCUUCUGAGACGCAGGCAGAUACUUGACAGUAUCGCAGCUAAAGCAUUAAGAGAAAACCAGGGCUGUUCUUUGGGUCAAUUGAAGGGAGACCCUAAAAUUUGGUCAGAGGAAGAGUUGGAUUUUCUUUGGGUAGGUGUGAGGAGACAUGGAAAGGGUAACUGGGAUUCUAUCUUGAGGGACCCAAGAUUGCGAUUUUCUAGGUUUAGGGAUGCGACUGAUCUUGCUGAGAGGUGGUAUUUUGAACGAUUAAAUCUCUUGAAUACUCCCUCUCACGACAUCGACUAUGACUUCUUAUCAAGAAAAAAAUCAAUUGGUUCUCAGUUUAUUAGUAAGUAUCAUGCUGAAGGGCCUACCGGGACCUUGACUGAUGAAACUCGACUUUCUCUUGGAGAUACUUAUGUUCAAAGACAGUUAAAUAGGUUUGAUGUGCCGGGCAUUACUCAAAUGCUUACCAGUGGUGGUAUUUCUGAAAUGACGAGCUCUGUUGGCACUAGCAAGUUAACCCAUUCGGUUCUGCAGCGAAUUGGAACCAAACAGCUCCAUAUACCAUCAAGACGCCAACGGAGGCCAAGCCAUUCAAAUGCAAACCAUAGACGACAAAGAUAUGCUACAGGUCUGUCUGUUCUUCACCAAAAUCCAUAUGAAAAGUUAGGGGUCAGAAGAGGGUUAUUCAGUAGUACGAGAGAUGGUUCGCUGUUAAGAGAAGGUAUGCCAAUAGGGAUUCGUGAAAGUGGUACAAAUCUGCCUCAUUGGCUCAAAGAAGUGGUCAAUAUGUCUUCUUUGAGGCCAUUUGAACCAUCAUUUCUGCCUAAUGCAGGUUCAGCCGGAUCAGAGUCUUCGAACUUGAAAUGUGAUAACUAUCAUCAGGAUGCUCCACUGUUCCCCAUUCGCGAGCCAUCAAUGGUUUCCCCACUGGAUCCUCAUCAAAAGCUCAAUGAGGUUGGUUCGCAGACAGCAUUGGGCGUACCAAAUUAUUAUCGUUCCAGCAAAUCUAAGCUGGAUCCUUUUUCAAGACUGGGUUCAACUUCUGAAAUACCCAAGUCGCAGAAUCUAAAAUCGGAUUACAGAAGUGGACCAAAAUUCAACUGUCCAGUUUCAUAUCCUGUUGCUAAGGAAAAUGACUUGAUUGUAAUAGACAGUGACACAUCUUCCGAGGAGACACUAUCUGAUCAUUAAAGUGGUACGCCUUAUUUGUAGCCUUAGCUGAGAAAAUUACUUGAAAAUUUGCAUUAUAUCUUAGAUUGUAGACAGGUUCUUUUAAUGUCCUGUACAGCUACAUAUAUUUUGUAAUGCGUAAUGUUAAGAAAUUUAAAUUUA